CAUUGAACAAUUAAAGGCUGUGCACUGGAGUGGCUCUUUUGUCUUCUCUUGUUUAAGUUAGGAAUGCAUGGGAGGUUAUUUGAGGACAAAACGACCCAUGACCUCAUGUUAUAUUUUGGAAUACUUGUAGCAAGGAAUGAAAUAGGGAAAAUUGGGAUGAAUGGGUUGGCAGAGGGACUGUGAUAAGAAGCAAGGCUUGCAGUGCUACGUAGGUAUAUUUAACAAAGUGUUUUUCUAAUAGUUUGUUGCUGGAUUUGCUAUUCCUUUAAGAAUCAAGAAUCCAAACCUCAUCUGCUGUCUUUUAUCUUAUGUCUAGAUUGUAAGAUCUUUGGGGCAAGACUAUCUUUUUGGUCUGUGCCUACCAUAACAGGCCUGGUCCAGGACUAGAGCUGCUUGCCUGGUUUGCCCUCAACAUGUGGCUCUUCUUGAGAACCUUCUUGCUGUAUUUCCAUGGGCCACAGUAUUACUACUUGCAUCGGAUGCUAGGGCUAGGAUUGUGUAUUAGCAGAGCUUCAGCAUCUGUUCUCAACCUCAACUGCAGCGUGAUCCUUUUACCAAUGUGCCGUAUUCUCCUGGCCUUUCUCCGUGGAUCUCAGAAGGUUGCCAGCAGGAAAAUGAGGCGACUGUUGGAUAAAAGCAAAACUUUCCAUGUGAUGUGUGGGGUUACUAUAUGCAUCUUUUCAGUUGUACAUGUUGCUGCUCACCUGGUGAAUGUCCUUAACUUCUCCCAGAACUAUACUGAAGAUUUUCUGUCACUAAAUGCAGCAAACUAUCGUGAUGAGGAUCCUCGGAAACUCCUUUUCACUACUGUUCCUGGGCUGACCGGGGUCCUUUUGGUGCUAGUUUUAUUCCUAAUGUUUACAGCUUCUACAUAUGCUAUCAGGACUUCAAACUAUGAUAUUUUUUGGUAUACCCACAACCUUUUCUUUGUCUUCUAUUUGCUGCUGAUAAUACAUGUUUCUGGAGGAGUGCUGAAGUACCAGAUUAACAUACAGCAACACCCUCCUGGAUGCUUUAACCCCAACAAAACACUCCAAGAGACUAUUCCAGAGCCAAAGGUUUUUGAAGAGUCUUUUCCUGAGUAUGCUACUCAGCCUUUCCCAGAAGGUUUAGCAGAGACAGACUCAUUCGUACAAACGAAGUUUGAGAGAAUUUGUACCGAGGAACCCAGGUUCCAGUCACACUUCCCAGAGACCUGGCUGUGGAUUUCUGGACCUUUGUGCUUGUAUUGUGCAGAAAGGCUCUAUCGCUACAUCCGAAGUAAUAAACCGGUCACGAUAACUUCUGUGAUAAGCCAUCCCUGUAAUGUCCUUGAAUUGCGAAUGAUGAAAAACAACUUUAAAGCAAGGCCAGGUCAGUACAUUAUUCUACAUUGUCCAAGAGUGUCAGCAUUAGAGAACCAUCCAUUUACUCUCACAAUGUGCCCUACAGAUACCAAAGCCACAUUUGGGGUCCAUAUUAAAAUAGUGGGAGACUGGACAGAAAGAUUUCGGGAUUUGCUGCUUCCACACUGGAGUCAGGACACAGAGAUUCUGCCCAUCUUUCAUCAAAGGCAUUACCCCAAGCUAUAUGUGGACGGUCCUUUUGGGAGCCCCUCAGAAGAAUCCUUGAAUUACGAGGUUAGCCUCUGUGUGGCUGGAGGCAUUGGAGUUACUCCAUUCGCAUCGGUACUCAACACACUGCUUGAUGACUGGAAAUGCUACAAGCUCAGAAGACUCUAUUUUAUUUGGGUGUGCAGGGACAUCCAGGCUUUUUGCUGGUUUGCCAACUUGCUCUGUGUGUUGCACAACAAGCUUUGGCAGGAAAACCGACCAGACUUCAUAAACAUCCAGCUGUACCUCAGUCAAACAGAUGGCAUACAGAAAAUAAUUGGUGAAAAAUAUCAAGCCCUGAAUUCAAGGCUUUUGACUGGACGACCUUGUUGGAAACUCCUUUUUGAUGAAAUAGCCAAGUGUAACAGACAGAAAACUGUUGGCGUUUUCUGUUGUGGACCAAAAGAAAUUUCCAAGACACUGCACAAACUGAGCAACAGGCACAACUCUUAUGGGACAAGGUUUGAAUAUAAUAAAGAAUCUUUCAGCUGAAAGUCUGUUGGAUUAACAGAACUCUAUAGAAGAAGCAAGUGCAAUUCUUUGUUUGUAAGACAUAAGUCAGCUGUGUAUUAAGCAGAUGCCAUGUACCAAAGUUUUCUUAUUUAUGAUUAUUUAAAAGGCUGAAGUAUGGUGGACGCAGCAAAAUACGAAGCCAAAUCAUGCCAAAUUUUUACGCUCAAAGCCAAAAAGGUUCAGAGAAUAUUUGUUGUUUUGCUGGUGGUGAUUCAUUUUGUAAUGCUUAACUUAAUAGUAAUAAAAAGGAGAACCCUG